AUGGAGGCGCCGAGUGCCAAGGCAAUCAGUCUGGCGCGCUCAGCGGAGGCGCUGUGCGUACCCCUUGGCGAUGCAGAUGCCUGCAACACAAUUCUAAAACAAGACCUGCAGCAGCUAGAUGACUGCGUGGAGUUCCUUGUUUUGGGCCACAAGGUCAAAGGAGACGCCGCCUACUUGCCAGGUGCCCCCCGUUUCAAGUAUGAAUCCCCGGGGAAGCUUGCAAGGAUAGGAGGAAGCGAAAACCCCGACAGUGAGCUGGAAGGCGGACGCAGCGUCACCAGCAGCUGCUCUAUCACGUCGAAACAGGGCGUUUGCUUCGAUUGGUUGGUUGCGUUGGGGUGCCUGAAUUGUGGCGCCCCAGUUGAACUUCGCAGAGACCUUGUCGCUGCAGCGGACGAGGCUUGUGCUGCUGCUGCUGCUGCAGCAAAAGAAUGCAGCGCCAAGGCGCUGGCAACAGCUGCAGAGAAAGCCGUACUGCGCUGCCGCUGCUGCGGGCACGACAUUGCGCCGCUGCAUUCAUCAGAUGAAAGCGAGUCCCUUGUUGAACGCAUGGAAUCCGGAGCCAACGCGAAGCCAGGAAGUGCUUCUGGGGCCAUUUAUAUGUACGGCAGCCGCAGGUGCUACAACUUUGGGUCCGUCAGCAAGCAGUCGUGGCAGCAGCGGUUCCUAGGGGCUGAGUUUGAGCAGCAGCUGCUGCAGCACCACCUGAAGAUUAUGUUGUCAGCAGGAGACGGAGGCAACAAAACCACAUGCAGGGAAAUAUGUGAACGGUGCGGACAUGAUGAGGCUUUCUUUUCAACUUUCCAGGCCCGCAGUGCAGACGAGGGUAUGACAGUCAUGUACGAAUGCACUAAGUGCCACCACAGGCGGGUCUUCAACAACUAG